CGUCAGAACACCACCAAAGACUUCCUCCUCUUCGGUCUUUUCCAAACAUUUCUUGCCACAUACCCGAGACAAUAUCCGGGCUUUUGCUUUAUAUUAUCAUACAUCUCGAUUGGCACUUCCAAGUCAAUCGGCAUUUCCUGAACAAUUAAGGCUUCCGCAUUCAAGACGGGCGGCAGCGCAAACGCAGUCAAGAAGGCAAUAUUCUAUUGUAAAUCUGCAUUCGCAGGCAAAUAUGGCUGCUCAAGGCGAGAAGAAAAACAUUGUGAUCAUCGGAGGCGGUAUCAUCGGAUGCACUACAGCAUAUUACCUUACUCGACACCCCGCCUAUGAUCCUUCGCUGCACAGCAUUACACUUCUAGAGGCAAGCAAAAUUGCUGGAGGUGCAUCAGGCAAAGCAGGUGGUCUUCUUGGUCUCUGGGCCUACCCUUCUUGCAUCGUACCUCUGAGCUACCGGGAGCAUGCCAAACUCGCAAAGGAACACGGUGGCGAGCAGCGAUGGGGCUACCGUCCCGUACACUGCGGCCAGAUCUCUGCACGUGGACGAUCGUUGAAAGCCCUUGCCGCUGCAGUGGACGGCAAAGGUGGCGAUAGCAAGGUCUCUCUCCAAAAGCGCACAAAAGAAGCCAUUAGCUCUCUCCGAAAAGCCGGAAUCCCAGAGGACCUGGACUGGAUCGCGCCUGAAAGUCUCGAGGAAUACGACGAAAUGGGCGACCCGGAAAACACUGCACAAGUCCACCCAUAUCAGUUCACUACUUCAAUGGCGGCGCUGGCCGAGGAGAAGGGCGCAAAGAUCAUUCUUGGCGCUGUAUCCGACAUUGAAAAGUCUGGAGAUCAAGUCAAAUCUGUGACUUACUCGGACAAGGCUUCUGGAGAAUCGCAUACUAUUCCUGCCACGGACGUCAUCAUCUCCGCCGGUCCAUGGACGCGCAACGUUUACCCCAAAGCACCCAUCUCCUCGAUCCGUGCACACAGCGUCGUUAUCCGCGCGCACUCGCCUAUUUCGCCGUACGCGCUCUUCACCGAGAUCAGCCUCCCGGCUGGCUUCUCAAAGAAGAGCCGGGGCCCCUCGUACGUUGCGCCGGAGAUUUAUGCCCGCCCUAACGACGAGGCAUACUGCUGUGGUGAAGGUGACCGCCUCGUCCCUUUGCCAAAGACUUCUGACGCUGUCGAGGUCGAUGAGUCUCGUUGUCAAGAUAUCCUUGACCAAGUCGCAAGCAUCAGUGACGAGCUGAAAGAUGGCGAUGUCAUUGCCAAACAGGCAUGCUAUCUUCCCAACGUCACGGCUGGAAAUGGCCCCCUCAUUGGCCAGACUGGAACCAAGGGCCUCCUAAUGGCUGCUGGCCACACGUGCUGGGGUAUCCAAAAUGGACCAGGCACAGGAAAGCUGAUGAGCGAGUUUGUCUUUGAUGGCAAGGCGAAGAGCGCCAAUGUCAGCAGCCUGGAUCCUAGAAAGGUGCUGUAACCUUGGCCCGGAUGAUGAGCUUACGUUUUCAAUGACACAAGUGUAAAUGAAUGAAUAUAGAAGGGAGGUUUUUUUUAUUUGGAUGAUUUUUCUCAGGGAGCGAUUCCAAUGCGAAACAUUUUAUAGAUAUGGAAAUGUAACUUUUCAUUAUCCGUUAGAUUGUAUAUAGCAAAACUUCUAGAGAUGGAAUGGCAACCGUGGUUUAUUCCUUCGACUUGAUUCUCACAGAUGGGC